AUAUAUAUGAUCCGGGAUUCGAUUAGAGCUCUCCGGUAAAGGCGCAGAUGGACCUGACGGGCUUCUACUUCAUGCAGCUGCUGUUCUCAGCCCUGCAGGUGAUAUUAUGUGUAGGAAGAGACUGCCUCCUGGCUGGGGACUCAUGCUCCAGUGAUGAGACAUGCAGCCCGCGCCUCAGGACCCUGCGUCAGUGUGUGGCCGGAGACGGCAGCAUGAAGCUGGGCCCCGGUGCACGCAGCCAGUGUGCCAAUGCUGUGUCUGCUCUGCUGUCCAGCCCGCUGCAUGGCUGUCAGUGCCGCCGUGGUAUGAAGAGAGAGAAAAACUGCCUGAGUAUAUACUGGAGUCUCUACCAGUCUGGCAUACAUGGGCUGAACCUGGUGGAGAGCUAUCCAUAUGAGACAGUGGAAAAAGGAUAUGAUUAUGUCCGUCUCGCCUCUAUCACGGCAGACUCUGAUCUGGGCCUUUCGACAGCAAACCGGUGCUUGGAUGCUGCCAAAGCCUGCAAUGUGGACGACCUGUGCCAGAGGCUGCGCACUGAAUAUGUUUCAGCGUGUAUCAAGCCUUCAGGCAAAUCGGGUCUGUGCAACCGUUCCCGCUGCAACAAGGCCCUGCGUCGUUUUUUUGACCGCGUGCCCCCUGAAUACACACAUGAGCUGCUGUUCUGUCCCUGCAGCGAUAUGGCGUGCUCGGAGAGACGACGCCAGACCAUCGUGCCUGGCUGCUCAUAUGAGAUGCCAGAAAAACCCAGCUGUCUGACGCAAAUGAGGAGCUGCCGAGCUGACUACAUCUGCAGGUCCCGUUUGGCCCAGUUUCAGUAUGACUGUCAGCCAGAGGAGCAGUCCUCCAGUGGCUGCAAGCACAGCAACUAUGCUGCCUGUCUCGUAGCCUACACUGGCUUAAUAGGCAGUCCCAUCACGCCAAAUUACGCGGACAACACCACGUCCAACGUGGCGCCAUGGUGCACGUGCUCAGCAAGUGGCAAUCAGAGACAGCAAUGCACAGAGUUUCUGGACUAUUUCACCAACAACAUCUGUCUCAGCAACGCUCUUCUGAUGUUCGGGAAUGGGAUGGAUCAGACGCCUACUCCCAGCCAAACAGAUCGUCGAAUCCCUGUGACGGACAGAGAAGCAUGGAACAGUUCUUCUCGCUUUGUCUCCAUGGAUACAGAAGAGAACAUUGUGAGCCCAACCAUUUCCACACAGGACACUGAAAGGGAGAGACUUUGGGGCGACUCCACCAUUCCUUUCAACACACACCGUAACGCUGGCCAGGUGUCCACCCGUGAGUGUAUGCCAGUACUCACUUGUCUGCUGCUCAUCCUUCUGUUGAGCUGUGAUCAGUAAAGUACUUGUGGGGAGCAGACACAGAGCCUGGGCCAAAGGACCAACAACAAUGAUAUUUUUUUUAAUCAAAACUCUGGGGGGAAAAAAAAACUGCCUCCAACAGCCUCCCCCCAUGUUUCAUUGUGCUAUCUGUGUAUUUCUGUGGAAUGGUAGGAUUUGGUGAGACAUUUUAUUAAUGGACCUGAUGCCUGAUGUAUGGUUAAUCUAACUGGAAAUCAUCCUUGUACAUAUGUACAUAUCAUUAUGCA